AUUGAAAACCUCGAGGACUUGCUUAAAGAAAAAGAUAACCAAGUGGAUAUGGCGCGUGCACGUCUGACCGCGAUGCAGGCUCACCACUGCAAUAGCGAAGGUGCGUUGAGCAGCCUUGAAGAAGCUAUCGGGGACAAGGAAAAACAAAUGACCCAAUUGAGAGAGCAGCGAGAUCGUGCUGAACAGGAAAAACAAGAAGAAAGAGAACUCCACGAGCGUGAACUUGCCGAGUAUAAGAUGAAGAUUCAUGCUCUUGAAUCUGAGGUCGAGAAGCUUGGAGCACGUUUGGAACGAGCACAAGCAGAAAAAGACCGCCUGGAGGCAAAACUAGAGAGUUCACAGUCUGAACUCGGCAAAAGUAAAGCUGAGUUGGACAAAGCAGCAUCCGAGGUGGGCCGUAGCGGUGCCGACUGGGAGGCAGCCAAACAGCGACUCACUAGGCUGGAACUAGAAAAUGAGAGAUUACGUCAUGAUAUUGAAAAAUCGUCAAGUACAUUUGGUAGAGGUACACUUAACUCCUCACAGGAAAUGGAUAGGAUUCAAGAGCGUGCUGAAAAGGCUGCAGCAGAACUGAGAAGAGCUCAAGCUGAAUUGCGAGUAACGCAAGCGGAUAAUGAACGAGCUCGAGCUGAAGCUGCUGCUCUUCAAGAGAAGGUUGAAAAAAGUCAAGGUGAAGUAUAUAGGUUAAAAGCUCGACUAGAAAACGCACAGGGAGAACAAGACAGUUUGCGUGAAGAAUAUGAUCGAGCACAGUCCACUGUCGCUAGAUUACAUUCUGAACGUGACAAAGCAGUGGCUGAGCUGGAAAAAGCGCGAGAAGAACUUGAGAGAACACAAGCGACUCUCGGAAAAGCUCAGCUGCAGCAAGAAAGACUCCAGAAUAUGCUUGACAAAGCUCAGAGUGAAGCUGAUAAACUUCAAGAGCGGUUGGAAAAAUCACAAACGGAAAUAAGACGAAUGCAAAUGGAGAAAGAAAAACAAAAUUACGACUUUGAUAAUCUUCAAAGUCAAUUAGACAAAGCCUUAGGACAGUCCUCGAGAAUGCAAAAAGAAAGAGAAGCUAUUCAAUUGGAAGUCGAUCGUCUACAGGAUAAAUAUGAAAAAGCACAAGUAAUUGUUCAAAGACUGCAAAAAGAUCGCGACAGUCUGCAAGAAGAAGUAUCGAAACUUCAACGAGAAAAAGAUAAUGCACUUUCUGAAUUAGAUUUAGUAAAAGAUAGAUGGGAAAAAGCACAUAACUCUCAUCAAAAAAUAUCCAUGGAGCGGGAUGAUGCAAUGACAGAGAUUGAAAUCCUUAAAGAAAAACUUGACAAAACCCAAUAUGCAUUAUCAAAAGCAAUGGAAGAGCGUGAAAAUACGAGCAAAGAAUUUGAAAAAUUGAUGGCUAAAUGCGACAGAUCUCAGAGUGAAGUGUACCGCCUUCAGAACCGAAUAGAGGUAAUGGAAGCAGAAAAGGAUCGAUUGGAGUUAGAAUCAGAAAAGAAUUCACAUUUAGCUCUGAAGAGUCGUGAGGAAGCACGAAAAGCUCAAGAAGAGUUGGCACGCGUACAAGAAAUGUAUGAUCGUGCGGCACUUCAAUUAGGUAGAACAAAAGAAAACGAAGAAAAGUCAAAGGACGAUUUAGAUCGCCUAUCAGUAGAUCUUGAAAUGGUUCGUGAGAGGUACGAAAAAUCACAAAUAGAAUUACGUCGCUUGCAAAAUGAGCGUGAAAAACUGGUAGCGGAUAAUGAAAGAAUAAGCUUCGAAUUGGAACGAGCACACUCACAGCUAAGUAAAGCACAAGCAGCAACUGAAAAAUCGCAAGAAGAACUUCAACGCAUGCAGAUGGAAAUUGAGAAAUUGUAUGAGAAACACGAUCGACAGCAAGCUGAGGUACGUAAAGCACAAGCGGAAGCUGAACGAUUACGCUCAGAAGCAGAAACAGCUCGUGAAGAGUGUGAUAGAUAUGCCGCACGAUUUGGUAAAUAUCAAGAGAGCCAAGAGCGUCAGAAGGACGAGCAUGAGAGGGCUAAAAUGGACGUCGAGAGACUGCGGGAUCGACUGGACAAGGCGCUUGCGGAAUUGGACAGGGCGAGAAAAGCUGAACAGGACGCAUCAAGACUGCGAGCCGAUUUAGAACGAGCAGAGGGAGUACGAGGUAAAUACCAGUUCGAGCAGGAGAAAUGGCAAAGUGAGGGUAGUAGGCUACAACAGGAACUGGAAAAAGUGAGGGAGAGGUUGGAGAUACGUGAAUCUGAGUUAAAACGUAUGCAAGCUGCAUACUCGGAAUUAGAAGCUAAAUUACAUGAGGCUCAAUUACAACUCGAGAGAGCACGUGAAGAAGCCAAUAAAGCUAACUCUAAUCAAGAAAAAUCGAGGUCAGAAAUUGAGAGGGCGCGAAUUGAAGCUGAAAAAAUACGUGAUCGUCAUGAUAAAAUAAAAGCCAAGUGCGACGCGCUUGAGGCUGAUAACGAGAAGCUCAGAGUUGAAAUCGUGAGGCUUGAAAGAUUAAUGCAAACUGAGGGUAAAACAAGGUCCGAGAGUGCUAGUAUUGAAGUUGAACGGCUUAGAGCUAGUUUGGACAAAGCUAUUGUAGCGAGAGAUCAAGUUGAGCUUGAGGCAGGUAGAUUGGCUAAAGAGCUUGAAAAAUCACAAAUGUUAUUAGCUAAACACCAAGAGAUUGCUGAAACUGCUAAGAAGGAAUACGAAAGAGUACUUAACGAGCUCACGACGUUGAGAGAAGAAAGAGACACUCUGAGACAAGAGUUCCGACGUAUCCAGCAGCAACAGCAAGUUAUUGGUAAUGAAGAGUUCGCGAAACUCCAACAUGAUCUUCAGCUUACGUUACGUGAGCGUGACAAAAUGGCAGCGAUACUCGAGAACCGCGAGAAGCACUCGGAGAAGAUUGAGAAGAUGCGCGAAAAAUUAGAAGCCGAAGCGAAACAACUUCAAAUGGAGCGUGACCAAUUGGUAAUACAAUUAGAAAAGUCACAGGAUAUGUUGAUGAACUUCCAACAGGAGUUGAACAGCAGUGAAACUGAGCUCGAUAAACAACGCGAAGAAACGUCUUCAGCAACAACAGCAGCAUCAAGCACCUCUUUUUCUGACGAUGAUAAAAUUUCCAGCGACGAAGUAGCUACAAGUACAACUAUAAAUUCCACUACUACUACUACUUCUACCGAUAGCAGAAGUUCCACAAAGUUUGAUUUAAAAGCACCCAUAAUAAGCGAAAUAAUUUCAACGUCACGUCCACGUAGUUUAAGAAAUUUGACCAAUGCCUUUGAUGCCUGUGAUCAAUCAAGUAGCUUAGCGUCUGUAAUGCGCAUAGAAUUAUCUAAUGACAGUGCUGUUACUGAUUGUUGCAGUAAUACACAAACAAAUAAUACAAGUACAAGCACGGAAACGAUUAACGAGCGAGUAAAUAUUAGUAAUUUUAAUAAUAAUUUACAUGAACAUGAAUUGAGUAGUUUAUCAAGUCUUACAGCAAGUAUGGCUUCUAUUAGUACUACAAAGUCAAUUUCAGUGAAAGAUAACGACAGACAUGUAACAUUUGAUAUACCUCAAGAAAAACAUCUUGCAAUUUUUCGUACCAUCGAUGACAAACAAGCAAAAUCAUUACCCUGGCCGAUUAUUUACAAACAUAAAGCACCAGGUAUUCAUUAUAAUAGAAAUAAAUUUAUCGAGGAAUUUGAAAAUUUAUCAACAAAAUUAAGUGAAAGAUAUAUUGGCAAUGAAACACAAUCAACUUGCACGAUUUGGUUCACCAAACAGGCACCGGGUAGCGCAAAAAAACGCACUCUGUUGGGUAAACGUGCUAUUGGUCAGAGUCCAGGUAAAAGAUUGAGCCAUUUAGCGAGGCGUCGUAAGACGUUUUCAAGUGCUAAUUUACAGUGUAUGGCUGAAAAAAAGCAGAUUGUACUUAAUGUCAAAAAACCAAUUAUUAAGAAGGGAAAAAGUCCACGAGGUAAAAGCCCGCGUAGUUCAGCGAAAAAACGACUGAGUAGAAGGUUGCUAUUAGAUGGACAGAGUCCCAGAAAAACUAAGUUGGAAACGUCAAAACGUGCGUUAUUUCAAAGUCCUACUCACGAUCGCGCUGGACCGAGUGGGAAACCUGCGCCAUUGAGUAUGAAUAAUCCACAGAAAAUUAAACGUGCAUUAUUUCCAACAGCUCAGAAGAAAGAAACCGUGACGAGUAACGCUGAAGAAAUGACUAAAAAGAGAAAGAGUGAUGAGGAAUUGGAAGGACCUCGAGUGAAGUGGCCAAAGAGUUUGUCCUUUGACUGUACAUACAAUAAUUUGGACAGUUCACGAGAGUCGUGGAGCAGUGAUAGAUAUUUGGCAGGAAAUGUACAUUUAAAAAGUGAAUCGCUUUCGCAACCAGCCAAAGUUGGCCUCAGUGAUAAUAAUAAAAAAAAACUACUGUGGGCGGUUUAUCAAGCUUUACAAUCCAGAGGCAUUAACAUGGAUCAUCCAAAGUUUAAGCAAUACGCACAUCAACUCGCGAGAACUGUAAGAAAAUACAUGCCUGAUUUGGAAAACCGUAAUAUACCGCGUAAACCGGGCAGCACUUGUGAUCGCAUGUUAAAAUUAGCUAAUAUUCAUGUUCUUCUUGUUGUCGAAGCUAAAUGA